AUAUCAUAUGUGUUAUAUUGGCUCUGUAUAUAACCCCGCCUACUACAGUCAGUUAUAACAUAAGACUGACGUUGUCAGGUCAUCAACCAACAGGUGUUUACCCAACGAUAUCUAGGACAGUUAUACAAGGACUACACCACCUCAUCAGCACAUGGCGACGUUAUCUGCAGUGUACACCUUCACACCAGAGGGAUUCCGAGUUACAAAAGAUAUGAAAAAGAGUUUCGAUGAUCAAGGAUACAUCUUAGUCAAAGGGUUGUUUAAUAACAAUGAGAUAGACAAACUUCAGAAAGUGUUCGAGGAGACGAACCUCAUCAUGGAUCACGGAUGGGGAAUUGACGAUGGCACAGGAAAGAUAGCUAAACUUGCGGUCUGGAACAGUCCGGGAAGUGACGUAUCUGGAAUGAUGGCACGGUGCGAGAAGGUCGUUACUACAUGCGAAGACUUAUUGGAAGAUGAGGUGUAUCACUACCAUGCGAAACUGACGUAUAAGGAUCCUUUGUCAGGGGGCUCGUUCGUGUGGCACCAAGACUACGGAUACUGGUAUAAGAACACUUGUUUGUUUCCCGAUAUGAUGACGGUUUUUGUGGCUAUUGACAGAUGUUGCCAAUCAAACGGAUGCUUGCAGAUAUUGCCUGGGUCCCACAAAUGCGGCCGGAUUGACCACGAUAUGAGCAGCGGUCAAACUGCAGCCAACGUUGACAGAGUUGAGGCAAUACAGAAGGUGUGUCCACCCGCUUUUGUAGAGAUGGAGUCAGGUGACGCCUUAUUUUUUCACUGCAACUUGCUGCACUGUAGUGCUGCUAACGAGAGUCUUGAAAGGAGAUGGGCUUACCUCAUGGCAUACAAUACGAGGACAAACAACCCGGCCGUGACCCAUCACCACGCCCAGUAUACACCAAUCCAAAAGGUUUCCAACAGCGCCGUAGCGGACUGUACCAACUACCGCGACUUUACAGACAAAGAUUUCAUGGAGAUCGGCUCGUCUAAAACAACAAGGGUUUCCUUUCGGGAGAGUCCACAGACACAACAGGAGUGUUAAACUCUAAUCCGUUUGUUACACCUGAAGCAAACUGAUUAGACAUGCUAUACAGCGUUAGUCAUGUAUAUAACCAGAUUAAUACGUUACAUGUGUCUCAGAUCCAAGACAUUUUCAUGAUUCCUGAAAUAGCAAUUCCAUUCAAAGAAAACAAAUCUUGUGUUAAAUUACAAUACCUUAUGUAUAAGUACCUCAAAGCUGCUUCUCUUGGUAAUGUUUCUUAGUCCAUUUUGAUAUUAGUUACUUCAUAGAAGCAUCGGUAGAGUGUAAGUUUGACAGUGGAUAAGUCCAGAGAUCGAGCCCUACAAUUUCCGUUUUCUGCUUUGCGUUCUCAUUUAUUUUUGUUUAAACACUGUUAUUCCAAAUAAAUGUUAUAUUGUAAAAAGAAAUAACUUGCACUAUAUUUGUUGAUAAUUACUGAAACAAACAUGCCAUAUUAGUGUCAAUAGUGAAAGUAUGUUCUUACUUGUCAGUAAUCUUAACCGUAAAGGUACUUCAUUAACUGUACAUGCAUUUUUUUGUAACAAAUACAUAACUCACUAACAAAGCAAUAAAGCUGUCAGCA